UAGCAAAUUGGUGGAGAUAUCACAUGAAAGAUCAUUAUCCCAUUGAAAAACAUGUUGAAUUGGUUGCAAAUUUGGAUAAUGCGAGGGAAGUCAUGAUAUUUUUAUGAUUUUUAUAACACUUAUGGCGAUGAAAAACACGUAACAGCGAUCAUGGCGAUGCCGGGCCCAGUUGAUCCAUCAGUGCUUACGCUUCAGGCGACACACAGGAGCAUAGCUGCGUGGGAGGGCUCCACUGCCCAAUUGGUUACUCGUCAGCACUACCAGGCGAGUACGUUACGGUGGGAGGUGGAUGACAAGGUAUUAGACGUAGUCGAGCUAGCUGGUUUUAGAUACAUUCACCGGUUGUUGGGCGGGGGCUUAGAGCUCGAUCGAGCACUUAUCACUGCAUUGGUGGAGAGGUGGAGGCCGGAGACACAUACCUUCCACCUCACAGUUGGCGAGGCAACGAUCACGUUGCAAGAUGUGGCAGUUAUCAUGGGACUGCCGGUUGAAGGACAAGCAGUCAUUGGUCAUGGGGAGGGAAAUUGGCCAGCAUUAGUACAUGAGCUGCUAGGGGUUUGGCCGGAAAACCCUCAAGACCCCUCACAGCCGAAGAUCAUCGUUGGAUCGUCAUUGAAGCUGACUUGGCAUCGACAGCAUUUUAGCGCGCUUGAGGAUGAUGCAGAUGAUGUGACGGUUGACAGACAUGCCCGAGCUUACAUUUUGUACCUGUUUGGAUGCAUCUUGUUUCCGGACAAGAGCGGCGACUCGGUACAGUUGAUCUAUCUCCCUCUACUGGGAGACUUGGAGCGCGUAGAUGAGUACAGUUGGGGAAGUGCUACCCUAGCGUAUCUGUAUCGUAACUUAUGUCGAGCAUCUCGUAAGGGUGCCAAGGACAUGGGUGGAUGCUUGAUGUUGUUACAGAUAUGGUCAUGGGAGCACAUUCAUAUAGGGAGGCCCAUUGUUCGGACGGUUCGACCGGAUGGGCAACAUGAUCAGGAAGAUGACGCGGAUGAUUUUGAACCGAUAUUAGGGUCACAGCAUCGGCGCGGGAUGGAUCCUUUGGCAGUAAGCUGGCUUCGCGUAUAUCUUUCGAGAUCCCACUCCCCACAUACUCUCGUGUACUACAGGGACGCACUAGAUCGACAACGGGACGAGCAGAUUAGUAACAUUUACUAUUUGUAUUAGUUAUGAAUAAAUUGUAUACAUUACUAAGCAUAUUGAUUUCUAUUACAGAUGACAUGGCAGCCUUACACAGCGGCUAAGAUGGAAGCUCUACCGCACAUAUGUACAUCGGGCCACGAGAUUUGGAGAUCGCGUUGUCCUCUUAUUUGCUUUGACAUCGUCGAGCUACAUCUCUCGGAUCGUGUCAUGCGUCAAUUCGGUUUGGAGCAGGUAAUUCCGCAAGCCUGUGACACCCAACGUCAACUACAUGCGAUCGAUCGGAGGACUGGGGACAAGAACUACCUCGUACGACAUAGAUCACAUGUAGAUGCGUGGAACGACCGAGCAUCUACAUUGGUUGGAGGAGAUAACUUCACAGGUCAUAGCUCUGCUAUGUACAUAAGUUGGUACAGGCGCAUCUCCAUAUUACGCCUAACGAACAUCGCAUUUGCGCAGCCAGGAUCACAUUACCAUUCGACAUCUACGUUACUGGCUGAGCGCAUCCGAUCGGUGUUGAUACAAUGUAAUGACACGAUUCAAGGGGCCGCUACAUCGCCAGUUGACGUGGGCUAUCGGCUAUGUUCUCAGACCUUAGGCUCCAUUAAUGCGUCGUUGACCGAUGCAUUGAGUCAAGCGGGUUAUGAGUACCUCAUACCGACUCCACCCGUCAUUGGCGACGUAGAUGACACAUUC